AUGAUUCAGAAGGAUGAGUAUUUCUACGGGGGCUCAGAGCCGGUCUACCCCUCUCCGGAAAUGACUGGUUCUGGGGAGUGGAAAGAGGCUUUCAAUAGAGCCAAGGAGUUUGUGGGCAAAAUGACACUUGAUGAGAAGAUCAGCCUCACUUCAGGAACCAACUCCGAGACCUCUUGCCCUGGCUUCUUGCCUGCCAUCUCACGCCUAAAAUUCCCGGGUAUGUGUCUGGCUGAUGCUGGACAGGGUGUCAGAGGAACAGAUUUUGUUAGCAGCUGGCCGAGUGGCAUUCAUGUUGGGGCCAGCUGGAACAAGGAACUCACUCUGGCAAGGGGCAAAGGUAUGGGUGGUGAGUUCAGAACGAAGGGCGUCAACAUUCUUCUGGGACCUGUAGUUGGGCCAGCUGGACGGGUUGUCAGUGGUGGAAGAAAUUGGGAGGGCUUUGCCAGUGACCCUUAUCUGUCCGGCGUGUUGGUUGGUGAGACUGUCAAGGGGAUUCAGGGAGUUGGGGUUGUCGCCAGCACAAAGCAUUUCAUUGCCAAUGAGCAAGAGACCAAUAGAAACCCCAACAACGGUGUGGAGGCUGUCUCGUCAAAUAUAGAUGACAGAACUAUGCACGAGAUUUACUUGUGGCCCUUCCAGGAUGCCGUACGCGCCGGAACGGGAAGCAUCAUGUGCUCCUACCAGAGGGUCAACAACUCGUACGGCUGCGCAAACAGCAAGACGCAAAAUGGACUGCUCAAGACUGAACUUGGGUUUCAGGGUGGCGUUGUGAGCGACUGGGGAGCUCAGCACGCCGGGGUUGCCACAGCUGAAGCAGGCAUGGAUAUGGCUAUGCCAAAUGGCGGUGACUUUUGGGGCUCACAUCUCGAAGACGCCAUCAAAAAUGGAACGGUGCCCGAAAGUAGGCUAGACGAUAUGGUCCUCAGAACAAUCGCUUCUUGGUAUCAAAUGGGCCAGGACAAUGACUUUCCUACGCCAGGUGUCGGUAUGCCCAAGGACCUCACCAAGCCACAUCGCAUUAUCGAUGCAAGAAACUCUUCCUUCAAAUCCACUCUAUUUGAUGGUGCGGUUGAAGGUCACGUCCUGGUCAAAAACAUCCGCAAUGCCUUGCCGCUCAAGAGCCCCAAACUGCUGUCUAUUUACGGCUACUCCGCCAAGAACCCCGACGAAAACAACCCAACAGAUGGCCUCUCUCCCUGGCUGAUGGGAUCGGGAUCCUUUGACUACCAGGAGUUUGGUGCAGGCUUCUUUGGCUGGUCAGGCGCAACACCAGGAACGACAGGCAUUGCUUUUAACGGAACACUGUACUCUGGUGGCGGAUCAGGGGCAACAUCUCAGUCUCUUGCCAUUUCACCGUAUGACGCCAUCCUUCAGCAAGCCUACGAGGACGAUACAGCCCUCUUCUGGGACUUCCACAACGGCAAGCCGGCAGUGGAUCCUGUCUCCAGCGCGUGUCUGGUAUUCGGUAACGUCUGGGCUGCAGAAGGCGCAGAUAGACCUGGCCUUCGAGACGAUUACACCGACGAGCUGAUCCUCCACGUCGCCAGCCAGUGCAACAACACUGUUGUGGUUUUCCAUAAUGCUGGUAUAAGACUCGUUGAAGAAUUUAUCGGCCACCCCAACGUCACAGCAGUGAUCUUUGCCCAUCUCCCAGGACAAGCAUCCGGGAAGGCGUUGGCAUCUAUCCUCUAUGGAAAGGAGAACCCUUCAGGUAAACUGCCUUAUACUGUUGCGCGCAACGAAGACGACUAUGGAGUCAUGCUCAGGCCUGACAAGCCGGAGGGCAUCUUCAAGUAUUUCCCUCAGAGCAACUUUACCGAGGGUGUGUUUGUCGAUUACAGGCACUUUGACGAAAACAAGAUCAAGCCUAGGUUUGAGUUUGGGUUUGGCCUGAGUUACACUACCUUUGGGUAUUCCAAUCUUGCUGUUGAGAAGGAUGGCAACAGAAGCUUUGAGGAGUUUCCCAAGGGGAAGACUGUAGAGGGUGGUCAGGAGGACUUGUGGGAUGCACUGGUUAGAGUGGAGGCUGAGGUUGAGAACAAGGGGGAGGUGGAGGGGAAGGAGGUUGCGCAGUUGUAUUUGGGGAUUCCGGGGACGAGAGAGGAAAAGGUACCUAUGAGGCAGUUAAGGGGGUUUGAGAAAGUGUUGGUUGGGGUGGGGGAGACGAAGAAGGUGGUGUUUGAGCUGACGAGGAGGGAUUUGAGUGUCUGGGAUGUGAGGGCGCAGAAGUGGAGGUUGGGGAAGGGGGAGUAUAACGUCGAGGUUGGGGGGAGUAGUAGGAAUUUGCCUUUGUCUGGGAAGUUCACUGUGUAA